AUGAGCUACACCCAGUUUGCCUUCCCCUGGAUUUCUCUGGAAAGCAAUGCUGGAGAGGUCCCCUCCUCUCCCAGCCUCUCUCCCCAUGCCCGGUCGGGCCAUGCCCCCGGCCCGCCCCCGGCCCCGGGCGGGGCUGCCCCGUCCCCGGCCCCGGGCGUCCCGCCGCGGUCUCGCCUCCGGCCGGCUCUGGUCGUGGCCAUCAAAAGGGUGCCACGGGAGCGCGUCCGGCACUGGGGCGAGCUGGAGAUCGUGCUGCUGGCCAAGGUGUCCACUGGCUUCCCUGGUGUGGUCCAGCUGCUGGAGUGGCUUGAGCUCCCCAACGAUGUCUUGAUGGUGCUGGAGCGCCCGGAGCGGUGUCAGGACCUGCAGCAUUUCAUUCGGGCACGGGGCUUCCUGCCCGAGGAGGUGGCGCGGGAGCUGUUCCGCCAGGCGCUGGAGGCCGUGCGGCACUGCACCAGCUGCGGGGUCCUGCACAGGGACAUCAAACCAGAGAACAUCUUGGUUGACCUGGCCACCGGGCAGGCCAAAUUGAUUGACUUUGGCUGUGGCACCUACCUGCAGGACACAGCCUACACUCACUUUGCAGGAACACGGUCAUACAGCCCCCCGGAAUGGACCCACUUUGGCUGGUACUAUGGCAGGCCAGCUACCAUCUGGUCCCUGGGCAUCCUGCUGCACCAGAUGGUCUGUGGGGAGCAUCCUUUCAGGAGGGGCCAGAACAUCAGCUGGGACCAUCAACUCUCGCUGCCACAAGGGCUCUCUCAAGAUGAAGCCUUAUAG